CUGCUGAACAUUUCAGUUCGCUUAUCAGUACGACAACGUGCUCACUUCUGAACUGAAUAGCUUCUUAAGCUACAAAUCUUCGAGUUAAUACCACCAACUUCAAUCCUCACCAGUAAAUCAUGCCUUCCUACACACUCCACUACUUCAACCACCGUGGCCGUGCUAGAUCUGCCGUAUGCUGUUCGCAGCUGCUGGUGUCCAGUACAAUGACCGCAGAACGAGUCUUCAGAAUGGGACAGCAUGAGAAACAAGAUGCCAUGCAACAUGAUGCCCAUGUUGGAAUUGGACAACAGGACCCAGAUUCCCCAGAGUAUGCUAUGGCCAGAUAUUUGGCAAGAGAAUUUGGUUUCCAUGGCAGAAACAACAUGGAUAUGGCCAGAGUUGACUACAUUUCAGACUGUUUCUAUGAUAUCAUGGACGACUACAUGAGGAUGUAUCAGGAUGGCAACUGUAGAAUGAUGUUCCAGCGUUCCCGAGAUAUGAGCGGCUCCUCCGAAAAACGCAUGAGAUAUAGGGAAACCUGUAACAGAAUCCUGCCAUUCUUGGAAAGAACUUUGGACAUGCACAGCGGUGGUAGACAGUUUUUCAUGGGUGACCAGAUGACCAUGGCUGACAUGAUGUGCUACUGCGCCCUUGAGAAUCCACUUACGGAUGAACCAUCAAUGCUGAGCAGCUACCCAAAACUGAUGGCACUGAGGAACCGCGUCAUGAGUCACUCUAAGUUGUCUAGCUACCUCCAAAGAAGGACACGUACCGAAUUCUAAGA